ACACAGGCAGCCAGGCUGGUGGGCUGUCACAAAGGAUAUAGAACAUUAUUUUACAUUAUUAUCUACUGUUGUGCUUUUUAUUGGGAAUUACACAAGACAUUUUGUGGUGUAGCUGUGCGGAGGAAGCAUAGAAGUCAUACCUUGCUCUAAAAUUGCCCACAUUGAACGGGCCGUUAAGCCUUACCUCCCAGACUUGAGUUUAACAGUAAAGCGUAAUGCACUGAGGGUGGCGGAGGUGUGGAUGGAUGAAUAUAAAUAAAAUGUCAACAUUGCCUGGAAACUUCCCAUAGAGGACCUACAAAGUAUCUUUAUAGUGUCCCCUCUAACAGCAGCAGCCAAAUGGUUUGUGAUGUGAAAGGGGUGAGGAGAAAGAGAGAGGAGAGAGAGCACCUGAGAUUCAAGAUGGAGGUCCAUACCCAUUCAGAGAGACUCCAGAGGGCCCACGACAAUGACUCCAUCAGGAGUCAGAGAAUUAUUCAUAGGAUGGACAAGAUGGAAAUGAACAUCAACAGGCUGGUCAGUCUGAUGAAUAAUCUUGAUAAGAAGGAACCAGCACCACAGAAGAACCCAGAGGUGAAGAAGGAGAGGAAGGUGGUGAGGAAGCUGUACCCGAACUCUGCUCUGUUCAGGAAGUGGGGUAAUGAGCUUUCAGAGGAGGAGCAGAAGGAGGCCGAGAAUUUGUUUCAGAGAUACGGCUACAACGCCUUCCUCAGUGACAGGCUGCCCCUCAACAGAGAGAUCCCUGAUACCAGGCCUGCCAGGUGUGCUGACAAAAAGUACCCAGAGGAUCUGCCUACCAUCAGUGUUGUUUUAAUCUACCUGGAUGAAGCUCUUUCUAUCAUCAAAAGGGCCAUCCGCAGCAUCAUAGACAAGACGCCAGCUCGGCUGCUGAAAGAAAUCAUACUGGUGGACGAUCACAGCAGUAAUGAGGAUUUAAUGGAGAAACUGGAUGAAUACAUCAACUCCAUCCACGAGGAGGUUCCAGGCCUGGUGAAGAAAAUCAGGCACUGGGAGCAGCUUGGCCUCACCCAGGCCAGACUGUCCGGAUGGAGGGCUGCGGUUGGAGACGUGGUGGCCAUCUUGGAUGCUCACAUAGAAGUCCAUGUGCAAUGGGCAGAGCCAUUGUUAGCUCGGAUUAAAGAGGACCGAACCGUGAUACUGACACCAGUGUUUGACAGAGUCAAUUUUGAUGAUUUGGCACUGACUCCCUACAUACCUGCGGCAGAUGCCUUCGACUGGGCUCUGUGGUGCUUGUAUGAGUCCUUCAGACCCGAGUGGUACGCUUUAAAGGACGAGUCACAACCUGGCAAGAGCCCCUCCAUCAUGGGGAUUCUUGUAGCCGAUCGAAAGUUCUUCGGAGAGAUCGGAAGCCUUGAUGGUGGGAUGAAAAUAUAUGGCGGUGAAAAUGUGGAGCUCGGCAUCCGGGUGUGGCUGUGUGGAGGAAGCAUAGAAGUCAUACCUUGCUCUAAAAUUGCCCACAUUGAACGGGCCAUCAAGCCUUACCUCCCAGACUUGAGUGUAAUGGUAAAGCGUAAUGCUCUGAGGGUGGCGGAGGUGUGGAUGGAUGAAUAUAAAUACAAUGUCAACAUUGCCUGGAACCUUCCCCUAGAGAAUCAUGGGAUAGACAUUGGGGAUGUAUCGGAGAGGAAAAAGCUGAGAGAGAGGCUGAAUUGCAAGCCCUUUAAGUGGUAUCUGGAUAAUAUUUACCCCUUGCUGGACCCUCUGCAGGAUCUGCUGGGUUAUGGAACGCUGAUUAAUGACCUGAAGCCAGAUCUCUGUGUUGACCAAGGCCCAGUUCCUGGGAACACACCCAUUGUAUAUGCAUGCCACAACUACUCACCACAGCACUGUUAUUAUCGCUCUGAUGGACAACUCUACAUCGGCGGAAUCAAAUCUCACAAGUACAGCAGCAACCGCUGUCUGGUGGACCCCGGCACUGGAGUCUACCCAGGACUCUACAACUGCAAACUGGCCCAGCAGAAGAACUUCCACAUGCUGUGGGAUUUUAAACAGAAAGGACAGAUCCAGAACAGAGAAUCAAAGAAAUGUCUAGAAGUUGCAAUGGAUGAAGACGGCUAUUACAAACUUGUUGUCCAGCAGUGCAGUGGUCAGAGCUGGAAGAUAGAAAAUCUAAUCAAACGCCAUGGAAAGACUGCUGGGCAGGGCCCAGAAGACAAUAUUUUAUUGCACAACAAUUGAAUGUCAUGCCAGAUAUGGAAUGGUUGCUUGUCUUUGGAGUGAGUUUAUAAUUUGCCCUGGACGACUUGGAUCCACAAGAGUCAGACUGUGCAUGAGCAAAGUUAUGAACUGCAUUACUGAGAGGAACUAAUACUUUAUUUAAUUCUUGUUUUUUGCAUCAUGCUUUUUUGACAAAUGUAAGUUUGUUUGUUUAUUUUAUUUUUUCAAAAAUAUCCUCAAACAUUUGUUGUUGUUGUACGGAAAUCCUUUUUCUGGUGACAAAAUGCCCAGUGAACAAGUUAAAGUUCCUUUUGUAGUUUCUCCAGCAAAACAACUAUAGUUUAGAAACUCGUGUGAGGGUUUUAGCUUACCUACAGUACCCACCUUUCAAUGUCCGACCCGUUUUCUCCUUUCAUCCUAUCCUUUUACAAAGAAACCAGUGAAACACCCUACACUGAAUCUGAAUUGUUUACAUAAAGGCUGCUAAUGGUCUAUAGAUGUUUGCUCUAUGACAAACAUCAUUCAAUUCAAAUAGGAUCCGUUAUGGUUUGGUUGCCAUGAGGGAUCCAUGAUGAAGGCAUCCCCAUUUUUUUUUUUUUUUCUGCCACCUGAUGUGACCCGUGUCCUUCAGAUGAAUUGGCAGGGAGCUGUACCUGCAGGCUGAAGACACUUUUAAUGAGAAUGAACUCACUGAAAUGCAAUAUGAUUUUUAAAGCUUGAAAUAUUAUUGAAAAGGUCAACAACCCACAAAGACCAAAACCAAAGAAGCGCCAGUCUGUGUUUCAAUAUUUUCUGACUUUGCUAACCUGUCUGUUAAGUCUUUUAAAAUGGAUCAUAAAUAUACACUUUAAGGGGACAUUAUUAAAUGUUACUCAAAGUAAGAAAAUGGUA